AUGGUCUGGGCCUCGGAGAGCCGCAUUCCUUUGUGUCUGUCAGCUGCCCAGAAAACCCUGGAGUCUCUCCUUGCGCCCCGAUUCUUUACGGGCGACAUUCCUCAAGGACGGCAGCACCGACCGGAGCUCAUACGACUUGAAGUGUAUACGACGGCUAAUUGGCGACGCAUCGCAAACUUCAAGAUGGGUGACGAAGCUGCUUUUAUACGCCAGGUCUUUGGCAAUACUACGCUCGGAUCCGGAGCCGCCGCGUUCCAAGGCUCCUUCCCCAACUGCACUUUCAACACAAUUGCCGGAUUGCCCUCCGAGUGGUUUCCACACCUCCAGGAUUUCAUCAGAAGCAUGCUCCCAGGCAACAAGGAUUCGCAGUAUGACCGACUUUUUACAAGCGUCACUCAACUAGGGUUUCUUGGGAAGGCGCAGAGGCAACUAGCGACUGGAGGGGAAGCUAGGCGCAUCCUUGGGAACAUCCGUAGCAUCCUCCAGGCAAUCUCGCAGCCGGCAAGCUUCGUCGAGUCCGAUGAGCUACGAGAGAGACUACAGAUUGAGAGCUCAGAGGCUAUCGAUGGGAUUCUAAGAAAAUCAGAGGAAGUACACAUCAACAAGACAGAUGCAAUUCGGCGGGGCCCGACUGAAACCACCGAGUCGAUGCAAAUCUCGAGGAUCGAUCACCUCUCCCGCGUCCCUCGCUGCGAAGUUCGAAUUCAGACCUGGGAACUCGGGACUGGAGGACAAGAGCAAAAGCGAGGAUAUGAAGAGUUGAGUACACGGAUUGAUAUUCGACCAGAACUCGGAGACCCCGAACAAAAGCCGUUCAUAUCUGUCUACAUUAAACGAUUUCAGGAGCUCCGAUACGCGGUUGCUCAGCCCAUAGUCUUGGGCCCACUCGUUAUAGCACGAAGAACAAUCCCAUUGGGCUCGCCUAUCUAUAGUAUCAUUGCAAAAGGAGACCUCGAAGGAUUUAAAACAAUGCUUAAAGCAGGUAAAGCAUCGUUAUGGGACUGCGAUCCUUGUGGGCGAUCACUGAUCACUUAUGCAGUGUUCAAGUGCCAGCCGAAGAUAUGCAACUACCUCAUUCAAAAUGGAGCUGAUGUUGACUCCGUGGAACCGUUGUUUUGGGAUUACCCCAGGUAG